AACUAUGAAGUUGCCUUUUGGCUACUUUGAGCUCAUUCUCGCACUUAUAUGCUACUUCUCUUUCUUUUUCUACCGGCAACGGCACGCCGCACUGUACGACUGGCCGUUGCUCGGAAUGCUUCCGGCCUUCACUCGUGGGGCCGGAAAAGUCCACGAACGCUGCACGGAGAUUUUCCGUCAGACUGGUGGCACUUUCUUGUUCAAGGGCCCGUGGUUCGUCCACAUGGACAUGUUGGCCACCGUUAAUCCGUACGAUGUCCACCACAUCAUGAGCUCGAACUUCUUAAAUUUCCCGAAAGGCAACGAGUUUCGGGAAAUUUUCGAAGUUCUUGGAGACGGGAUUUUCAACUCGGAUAACGAGUUGUGGCGUAGUCAUCGAAAGGUGACUAAUGCUUUGAUUAACAAUCAAAAGUUUUUCCGGUUUUUGGCUCGGAUGAACACCGAAAAACUUACUAACGGUUUGGUUCCGGUUCUUAACAAUGUCGCCUCGAGAGGGGUGGUAGUGGAUAUGCAAGAUGUGUUUCAAAGGCUUACGUUCGACACGACGUGUAUGUUCGUUACCGGAUAUGACCCAGGGUGUUUAUCGGUCGAUUUCAAAGAUGUCCCAUUUUCUCGAGCCAUGGAUGAAGCCGAAGAAGCGAUUUUCGUGCGACAUGUCUUGCCGAAAGGCGUGUGGAAGCUGCAAAGGUGGCUAGGUGUUGGGAAAGAGAAGAAACUGAAAAAGGCAUGGGAGACUUUAGAUGAUGUUAUAUACGGUCUCAUUGCGCGAAAACGCAGAGAUUUGAGUGACGGGGUCAUGUCGAAAAACGAAGCAAUGGGUGUCGACAUCCUGACUUCUUUAUUGACGGAGAAACAAACAUAUAGUGAUGGGUUCAAACAAGACGAUAAGUUCUUGAGAGAUGCGAUCUUGAAUAUAAUGAUCGCUGGGCGGGACACAACGAGCUCUUCACUAACAUGGUUUCUCUGGCUCGUUAUGUCCCACCCUGACGUCGAGAGAAAGAUUAGAGACGAAAUAAACACGAUUAUUCCAGAGUAUGAACUUGGAAAACCUCGAAUUUUCGAAGCCGAAGAAACCAACAAACUUAUUUACAUGCAUGCCGCAUUUUGUGAAGCGUUAAGGCUCUACCCGCCGGUUCCGUUCCAGCAUAAGGGUCCGGUAAAACCGGAUGUACUUCCAAGCGGCUAUCGUGUUGAUCCUAAUACGAAGAUUAUGUUUUCGUUAUACGCGAUGGGACGAAUGGAGACGAUAUGGGGUGAUGAUAGCGUGGAAUUCAAGCCAGAGCGAUGGAUUACCGAGAACCACACCAUAAGGCACGAACCAUCGUAUAAGUUCUUGUCGUUCAAUGCGGGCCCUCGGACAUGCAUAGGGAAACAAGUAGCCUUCAAUCAAAUGAAGGCUGUAGGUGCAACCAUUUUACACAAUUACAAUUUUAAAAUGGUUAAAGGUCAUGUUGUGGCUCCUAAUGUUUCGAUCAUUCUCUACAUGAAACAUGGCUUGAAGGUUAAAGUUGCACCAAGAUGGACUUGACUUGGCUUGGAAGUUGGAAAUCAUCAAGUUUUAUUGUUUUAAAUAAAAAUAAGCAUAGCAUCGCUUUUUGUUUGUAAAAAUAACAUAAAGGAAAAA